AUGCAAAACACAGCGAAAACAAAUAAAAAGGACAUUCAAGAUGAGCCACCCAAAGAAGUCAAAUUGCCUACCAGUGAAGCACUUCUAGACUAUCACUGUCAAAUAAGAGAAAAUGCAGUAGAACGAGUCAUGGCUCAAAUAAAAAAACUUAGGGAAAAGAACGAAAAAUAUCAUGAAAGAAAUAAACGCUUAAAGCAUGAGCAGACUUGGCACUUACAGAACCUGCUAAAGGAACUGAGCGAAGAGAAGUCAGAGGGAUUACCAGUUGUAACAAGAGAAGACGUGGAAAAAGCAAUGAAGGAAAAAUGGCAGUUUGAAAGAGACCAGGAACGAAACUUAAAAGAAAUGCGCACGCAAAUAACUAAUGCUGAGAAAUUAUUUCUUGAGAAACUCAGCGAGAAGGAAUAUUGGGAAGAGUACAAGAAUGUAGGGAGUGAACAGCAUGCUAAACUCAUUAUCUCCUUACAAAAUGACAUCAGUAGAGUUAAAGAGAAUGCAGAGAAAAUGUCAGAACACUAUAAAAUCACUCUGGAAGAUGAUAGAAAGAGAAUUAUCAAAGAAACUUUGCUGCAACUGGACCAAAAGAAGGAAUGGGCCACACAGAAUGCUGUAAGGUUCCUUGACAAGGGCAGCUAUAGAGAGAUUUGGGAGAAUGACUGGCUAAAAAAGGAGAUUGCAAAUCACAGGAAGGAAGUUGAAGAAUUGGAAAAUACUAUUCAUGAACUGGAAGAAGAAAAUUUGGUGCUUAUUGAUCAACUAUUCAACUGUAGACUUGUGGAUCUCAAAAUACCCAGCCAGACUGUAAUAGUUAAAAAGAAAGGAACUCACAAAAUAGCCAUGGUGAAGGAUUAUGUAAACCUGGGCCCCCUGAAAGUGAAACUCAUGAGUGUUGUGGGCAAGAAAAUGCCCAUUCAUUUUCAAGAGAAGGAAAUUCCAGUCAAAUUCUAUGAAGAUGUCAGGAGCCCAGAAAGCCACAUCACAUAUAAAAUGGUGAAGUCUUUCCUCUAA